GGUUGCUGUCCAUGGUCCUGAAUCCUGUGUCGUCUGGAAUCACGCGUCAGCACCAUGGACAGCUUCCUCGGCUUCCUUUGUUUUGGUUCAGAACCACGGAAAGAAGAAAAUGCGUUUUUACGAGGGGUCCUACACUAAAUAAAGCAAAUUUUGGAUAAGGUUGAUACAUCCGUGACAUUACUCUAUUUAAUGUCCUGUUACUAUGACGUAAGUCAUUCAGAUCUCCCCUUUGCUAUUUAUAUUAAUGCGCAAUGACCCGGUAGAACAUUUGAGGAAAUGUAACGGCUCUCUGACCUAUAAGUUUUUACAGCAAAUAAACUAUCAGUCUUUAAUUAAUUAAUAGUUACAGUAAAGGGCAUCCAUUAUAAACGGACCGACCCAGCAUAUUAACGAACGCGGGCAACCAAACUAAACUAGGGCGAGUAAACUGUAUAAGGUUUCGUUGGGUGGAGGAGAUCCUUUUUGCUAUCCGGUUUCCGUCUUUUUCCCUCGUCGCGGAAUAGGCCUAUAUCGGGUUCCUUUAGUCUAUGUGUGUUUACGUUUAUUUUAUAUUCGUGCAAACUUACAGCAAAGAUAUGAUGACGUUAAGUAUUAAUCGUGAGUUACACCCGAGUUACUUUUUACAGUAGCGGCAGAUCGUGUUACCUUACGUGUUGUUUUUAGGAGCAAUGGGGUGAGUAAAGCAGGGGUAUCGUGAAAUGCCAACUUUGUGGAAACGCAUCGUGUUCUCCUUCGGUUCUGUGCUCAGCAUCGGUUCUGUUGUACUUCUGGUUGUGGCGCUGUCCACCGAGCGCUGGGUUACAGGAACCGUCCUGUGUCAGACAGGAGUGGACCUGGUGAACGCGUCUCACCCGGAGCUCGAGCAGUUCACGGGACACAUUUACUACGGACUCUUUCAGGGCGGGAAAACGCGGAGAUGCGGGCUCGGGACCCGCCGCUUUAAAAUUUACGUGUUCCCAAAGCUUGUUAAAAAAAUCAACGGUGGUCUGCACAUGGUCAUAAUCUUCUUCAUUUUUUUCGCAAUUGGCUUUGCAGUGCUCAGUUUAGCCUUCUGUAUAUAUAAUGCCAGAAAAGUUCCUUAUCAAUCGAUCAGAGGACCAUUUGGCCUCUACAUCUGGAAUUUUAUUGCAGCUCUGUUCAGUGCAAUGGGCUUUGCAUGUUUCCUCGCAGCAGUUCAGUGCCAUGAUCUCACAGAACACGUGGCUAACUACAAAGAAAGUCUUUUUCGACUUGUGAUCCUCGAGGAAAGUCUCGGCUUUUCUUUCUGGUUGUGCGUUUCCAGUGCUGUUACACAUGGAGCUAACAUUCUUGUAGUAGCCUGCAGUAGACUUCAUCUACCUAAAAUCAAGACAAAGAAACCAGAAGAACCCACAGCGACAGGAGAUGAUUUCCUUUACUAAGGAACAGAGACAAACUGAAAGUUCUGACUGUUGUGGUCUUCGAGGAAGCUGCUUGAAAGCCAAACAGAAUGUUGGUGCAUUGACAUCAACUGAAUAUGAGAUGAUUUUUAUGGGUUUGACUCGUGGAAGAUUCUUAAAGACCAUUAUGUGGCAAAUAAGUAAUCGACUUGUUUAGGACAUAACAAGUUGUCACAGACUUCCAGGGCUUCCAAAACAUAAGAAGACAUUGUACAUAUUUUUUCAAAAAAAUGAAUCAUGUAAAGUUAAAUAAUACUGUUAUUUAACCCUUAUGUGGUGUUCGGGUCUGUGGGAUACGCUUUUAAAGUUUACUAAAACAAAAAUGAUGCAAUUAAUUGUUUUAUCAACCUCAGAUUCUUGGCCUUGGCUCAUUUUCUAUGAACAACAUAAAAAUAAACAACUUUACAAUGACUGUA